ACAACUUAGGUUUUCUUCAGUUGCAUCUGCCCAUGCUUGGGAAAUCCAACCAGCGCAAUCCUUGACUGUCAGCUGCCUGAUGACAUUUGGAAUGUCGUCAUCGUUUGCCAGGAUGUGUCGUAGGAGAUGCUUUUUGUAGCGUCGUUUCAGGGGUUCAAAGAUCCUAUGGUCCAUAGGCUGAAUCACGCUAGUGGUGUUUGGGGGAAGAUACUCAACCCAGAUGUUCCCAUCCUCAGAAACGAGUUCUUCUUUUGGGGGUGUGACGGAGGAUUAUCCAAAAAAAGUAGAAUUUUGUAUGGAAUGUCGUGUUCAUAGCACCACCACCGCCGGACAGUUGGAACAAAGUCACUGUGGAACCAAUUUUUGAAAACGGUAGCAUCUUCUACAAACUGGAGCAAAACACAGGUGGCAUCUGUAUGCCCACAAGGUUGUGGCGAUACCAACAUCCACAAACCCUCUCCUAUUCAGUUACAAGACAAACAUAAACACCUAAAUAAUAUAAUCACUGAAGAUGAAAUUAAAAGAAUGGAAAGAGAAACAAGAGACCAAUCAAAUUCCAAGAUAUGGCAUGAUUUAAGGAAAGUGAGGCUGACUGCUUCUAACUUUGGCAAAAUAAUGAACAGAAAAGUAAAGCCUACAGAAGCUUUCCUGGAAGAUCUAUUUAACAGAAAGUCCAAAUUUGCUGUAUCAUUAGAAUAUGGUAAGAGAAAAGAAGUGUUUGGAAAGGAAAAAUACCUUGAACAAAACCCUUCAAGCCAUCUGCAUGAAUGUGGUUUUGUAAUUAAUAAGGAAUUCACAUUUUUAGGGGCUACCCCAGAUGUAAUAGUAUGUUCAAAUAGUAAAUGUGGGCUUCUAGAAAUUAAGUGUCCUUAUUCAGCAAGAAAUAUGUCAAUAAGCCAGGCCUGUGCAGAUAUUACAGGUUUUUAUCUUAAGCAUUCUGAAAAUGGCAUUGCACUUGACAGGAGGCAUAAUUACUAUGCCCAAGUGCAAGGUCAACUAAUGAUAACUGGUUGUAAUUUUUGUGAAUUUGUAGUCUAUACACAGAAAGACCUUUAUAUUGAACGUAUCACACCCGACAUCCAAUUUAUGGCAAUAAUGUUAGAGAAAUUGGCAGAUUUCUAUCAAUUUUAUGGAGUGCCAUAUUUAACUAGCUAAUUGUUUUUUUUUUACUUUUUAACCAAUCAAUUCAUAAUAAUAGUACAUACAUUGGUUGUCUGUUUGAGAUGUAGAACUUUUGUACUUGCAAUUUUCAUCAGUCUUCAUGUUUGAUCUGCAAAAACAAAUUUCACUGCUAAUCUGCAUGUUCAAAAAUAAUAUGCAAUUAAAGUAUAGUCAAAUUUUGAGGACCCUAGAGAAAAUACAGUACAUUCAAUAUAACUUGUCUUUCUGUGUAUAGACUACAAUUAAUUGUUGUUGAUAAAGUUUAUUAUAGUUAUAUAAUGAUUGGAAUAUGUAUAUCAAUACUAUAUUUGAUACUGAAUCUAUUAUCAUGUCUCAACUUUUGACCAUAGAGCAGUUUGAAACUUAAAUUUCCAACUAGGGUGUACUUUCAAUUAUACCAUCAGUCAUUAUAGUGACAGCAAGUGUACAGUUAAGUUCUGAUAUUAAAUUAAUGUUAGUUGUUACAAUGUUUUUAGUGCGUCAUAAAAAAAUAAAAAUCAU